UUAGGGAAACCACGUGUGUUCGAACUUCUGUUGAUAUAGUCUUACACAAACACGAUGUAGUGUUAUACAAAUACAGGAAUUUCACUGAAUGAAGUUCAUUACUUCCUAGUGAAUAAACUACAUUACAAGCCCUGAACUGCAGAAAUCCAACACAAGCCUCUGGCGAACUUCAGUGUCUGUGGCAGAGACUGUGUGCAGGAAUUCAGCCAAGGGAGCAGCUGAGCCCCCCGGAUGAGCAGGGCCAGACCCCUGUCUGUGCUCUGGUCUGCAAGGGCUGCAUCACUUGGAGUGUUGGCUGGGGGUUACCUUUAGGCUGUAGGACACGAGCCUACAAGCUAGACCCAGGACCCCACUGUGCUAGGCUCCGCACAAGUACUGAACUGAGACAUUAGACGAACACAGAGGGAUGGUGACUAAAAGGUGCUCUUCCCACAUGAAUUCAAGAAGAGUAGCCAGUUAAAAGAAGUGACUGCUGUGGGAGACAGCAUGACCACCAUGAAAGGAAGCUGCCUCCUUGCACUGUUGUUGGCAGGACUUGGGGUAUUAGGAAUACUGGAGCCAAGGACCACAGAAGAUAUCCACUGCCACAGAGCUGAGCACCCAGUUAUUGCAUACAAAGAAAUUGCCCCUUGGUUACAUAUGUUCAGAGCAGAAGAUGCUGUGGACUUCUCACAGUUAACGUUUGACCCAGGACAAAAAGAGCUUAUUGCAGGAGCAAGAAACUACCUCUUCAGGUUGCAGCUUGAGGAUCUCUCUCUAAUACAGGCAGUGGAAUGGCAAUGUGAUGAAGCUACUAAAAGAGCCUGUUACAGUAAAGGUAAAUCAAAGGAGGAAUGCCAGAACUACAUUCGAGUGCUUCUUGUUGGAGGCAACCAUCUCUUCACCUGUGGAACCAACGCAUUCACUCCGAUCUGCACCAAUCGGACGUUAAGUAACUUGACAGAGAUACAUGAUCAAAUCAGUGGCAUGGCUCGUUGUCCUUACAGUCCCCAGCACAACUCCACUGCUCUUCUCACUUCCAGUGGGGAAUUAUAUGCUGCUACAGCAAUGGAUUUUCCAGGAAGAGAUCCUGCUAUUUAUCGCAGUCUGGGGGCACUUCCUCCUCUCCGCACUGCCCAGUACAACUCCAAGUGGCUGAAUGAGCCAAAUUUUGUGUCGUCUUAUGACAUUGGCAACUUCACCUACUUCUUCUUCCGGGAGAAUGCGGUGGAACAUGACUGUGGGAAAACAGUCUUCUCUCGUGCUGCUCGAGUGUGCAAAAAUGAUAUUGGUGGCAAGUUCGUGCUGGAGGAUACCUGGACUACUUUCAUGAAAGCUCGGCUGAACUGCUCUCGCCCUGGAGAAAUUCCAUUUUAUUAUAAUGAACUACAGAGCACUUUCUUCCUGCCAGAGCUGGACUUGAUCUAUGGGAUUUUUACCACUAACGUGAACAGCAUAGCAGCCUCAGCAGUUUGUGUUUUUAACCUGAGUGCCAUAACUCAGGUCUUUAAUGGACCCUUCAAAUACCAGGAAAACUCUCGCUCUGCUUGGCUUCCAUAUCCCAAUCCUAACCCUAAUUUUCAGUGUGGCACCAUGGACCAGGGUUUGUAUGUAAAUCUGACUGAGAGAAAUCUUCAAGAUGCUCAAAAAUUCUUCUUAAUGCAUGAGGUCAUUCAACCAAUUAUUCCAAUUCCUUACUUCAUGGAAGACAACAGCCGAUUUUCCCAUGUGGUUGUGGAUGUUGUUCAGGGCAAGGACAUGCUUUUCCAUAUCAUCUAUCUUGCCACAGACUAUGGCACUAUUAAGAAAGUACUCGCCCCAAAGAACCAGACUUCAAGCAGCUGCCUGCUGGAGGAAAUUGAACUUUUGCCGAAAAGUCAGCGAGAGCCCAUCAGGAGCCUUCAGAUCCUGCACAGCCAGAGUGUCCUUUUUGUGGGCCUUCAGGAACAUGUGAUUAAGGUCCCCCUGAAGAGAUGUCUCUUCUACAAAACAUACAGUGCAUGCAUUGGAUCCCAAGACCCUUAUUGUGGCUGGGACAUGGUGAUGAAGAAAUGCACGACGCUGGAAGAAAGUCUGAGCAUGAGUCAAUGGGAGCAAAGCAUUACUGUGUGUCCAAUGAGGAAUCUGACAGUGGAUGGGCAUUUUGGAACAUGGUCGCAGUGGAAACCUUGCACCCACACUGACAGUGCCAGUGUUGGCUCCUGCCUCUGCAGGACACGUGUGUGUGACAGUCCUGCUCCUCAGUGUGGAGGCUGGCUGUGUGAAGGACCAACCAUGGAGAUUGCCAACUGUUCCAGAAAUGGAGGCUGGACACCAUGGACUUCUUGGUCACCUUGUAGUACCACUUGUGGAAUAGGCUUUCAAGUUCGUCAGCGUUCCUGCAGCAAUCCAACCCCUCGACAUGGAGGACGCGUCUGUGUGGGACAGAAUCGUGAGGAGAGGUACUGCAAUGAGCAUUUGUUGUGCCCACCUCAUGUGUUUUGGACAGGCUGGGGUCCGUGGGAGCGCUGCACUGCUCAGUGUGGAGGAGGGAUCCAGGCACGGCGUAGGACAUGUGAAAAUGGUCCUGACUGUCCUGGCUGCAGUGUGGAAUAUCAACCUUGUAACACCAAUGCCUGUCCAGAGUUAAAAAAGACAACUCCUUGGACACCUUGGACCCCAGUCAAUAUUUCAGACAAUGGUGGCCACUAUGAACAACGUUUCCGAUACACCUGCAAAGCACGAUUGCCUGACCCAAAUUUGCUAGAGGUGGGAAGGCAAAGGAUUGAAAUGCGUUAUUGUUCCAGCGAUGGCACCAGUGGAUGCUCGACAGAUGGAUUGUCAGGGGAUUUCUUGCGUUCUGGACGAUACUCUGCUCAUACCAUCAACGGUGCCUGGUCACCCUGGUCUCCCUGGUCUCAGUGCAGUCGUGACUGCAGCAGAGGUAUACGUAAUCGCAAACGGGUCUGCAGCAAUCCUGAGCCCAAGUAUGGGGGUCUUCCUUGCCUUGGCCCAUCUCUAGAGUACCAGGAAUGCAACAUUUUGCCUUGUCCAGUGGAUGGAGGCUGGUCUUGUUGGUCAUCCUGGUCAAAGUGUUCAGCAACUUGUGGAGGAGGACAUUACAUGAGAACCCGCUCCUGCACAAACCCAGCACCAGCAUAUGGAGGAGAUAUUUGCCUUGGACUGCACACUGAAGAAGCACUCUGCAACACACAGCCGUGUCCAGACAGCUGGUCUGAGUGGUCCGAGUGGUCCGACUGCGACUCGUCUGGUUUCCAGUUCCGCGUUCGUCAGUGCAUCAUUUUGUUUCCCGUGGGCAGCCAGUGCAUGGGCAACACCACAGAGAGCCGAGCCUGUGCUUCGGACUCCAACUUCAUACCAGAAAUUUCAGUGGCACGAUCCAGCAGCAUAGAAGAAAAACGAUGUGGCGAGUUCAACAUGUUUCACAUGAUCGCAGUGGGAUUAAGUAGCUCAAUACUUGGUUGCCUUCUUACCCUGCUUGUUUACACUUAUUGCCAACGAUAUCAACAACAGUCCCAUGAUGCAACUGUCAUCCAUCCAGUGUCACCAGCUCCUCUAAAUACCAGUAUUACCAACCAUAUCAACAAACUGGACAAAUAUGAUUCUGUAGAAGCCAUCAAGGCAUUUAACAAAAACAACCUGAUCCUGGAGGAGAGAAACAAGUACUUCAAUCCACAUCUUACUGCAAAGACUUAUUCUAAUACCUAUUUUACAGAUUUCAAUAAUUAUGAUGAGUACUAACGGGCUUGUGUAUUUUCUGGCCUCCUGUAACUCCCCAUCCCCAAGGCCUGUGCUACUUGACUGCUCAUGUGAUUGAGGCUUCAGAGAUGAAGUUCAGAGACAUUUCAAGCACGAUCCAAGCCAUCAAUGUCCCAUUGCUGCCAAAAGCCCAAAACACCUGUUUGUGACAUGAUGUUUUCUUUGCAGAGCGCAACAUUGGCCUUCAGUGUUGGGUGCAGCUGUAGCCCUUCGGUGUCGCUGGACCACUCAUGAGAAUUGCAUCGCUUCGCUCAGUUUCAUAAACUUCUAGUCAGAUUCUUCUAACAAGUGACUAAGCAAUUGCAGAGCUUUUUUUUUUUAAAAAAAAAAAAAGAAAAAGUUAGCCCUUAAACCUGUGCCAGGAGUACAAAUCUGAUUUUCUUUUUAGGCAUUGUCUUUUAUUUCCAUGUGUUGUGUAAAGGGAGCUCUGCUGUUUGCCACGCAGCCCUCUGUGCAGUGUCCUGAACCUCACACCACCAAAAAGAGCUCGCAGGGUGGUGGGUGCAACAACGAGAAGGAACAUGGUGGUUUAGUGAUGCUCUGCGGCAGCUCUGUACUCUGUAGGGCUGAUCUUCCCAGGCUGUAAAUCACUCUGGCUGCAGUUCAGCUGUUCAGAGUACAGCAACUAAGGCCAUACCAAGAGAUACAAUCUUGUAAUUAACCCAGAAAGCUACAGGGUCAGUGGUUUUCAGUCGCGAGCCAAGCCCUGUCACAUAAAGCCUUCACCUAGUUCAGUUUAAUUUUUGGGAGGGUCUGAAAGGGCAUGUCCCACAGGGAGGCCAAGGGAGGAGGGCAGAUGGGAGAGGCACACUGGAAGGUUUUUCUGUGCGCCGUUAGUAAACCAGCCUUGCUGCAGCGUGUGGGAUUGCAUGAGUCGUGGCAUCCCGCAGGCUUCCUCUACUUGGUACGUGUGCGUGGGAACCCACUCGUCUGCUGUAGCACUCACUGUCAGGCUGGUCACAGAAAGAUACUACUGCACUGUGUUUUGUGUGCCAUCUCAGGCUCCUGGGGGUACAUAGGCAUAAUCACAGUUCUGCUUUUCUCUUUCUGGCUUUUGCUUUAUAUGCCCAUGUCUGACAAACAAAGCUGGCUCAGAUAACACAGAUGUAUUUGCAAAGCGUUGUCUCAUCUUGCUGCAGUGUCUGACCCACGCUAGUCAGCCCCUAGAGGAACAUUCUUCUGGUGUUUUAAGUGAUUAUCUUGUUGGACUUCAUUGAUGUAAAUAUUUAAAAUACUGUUUGAGUUUUAAGUUAUCAGUUUUAAUUUCUUUUGUAGUGGCAGGUGAGGAAACACAAAGAAUUUUUAUACCAUUUUUUCUUUGUUCUGUCUGUCUUCGCCCACAUUCAGGACUGUUAUUUUUGUAUCUGAAAUUCCAGAUAUAUAACUAAAAAGAAAAGGGCAGGGAUUUGGAUCAGAUUUUCCAGAGUACUUAGUAGUAAGGCAGCAUUUGCUAUUCUCAGAAGCUUGUGAAAAAAAAAUUAAAAGUGUAUAUUAAGGCUUAAAGAAUUGAGCUUUUGAUUUUUUGAGCAUGCUAGAUGCAUAGAUUAUUGCACCAGAAUACCAGGAAGGUAUGCAAGGAGAAGCAGAUUGGAAAUCUUUCCAUUCUGUGGCUAGAGCCCUUGAUCAUUAGUUCACACUAUAAUAGGCAAAUAGAGAAAAACAUGUACAGAUUGUAAAGAUUCACACCUAUGUACAAGAAAAGCAAAAAAUACCAGGAAACAUCGCUCACGUGAGGCUGCAUUUGAGCACUGCUUUGGUGGUCCAGCCAAUUAGCAAGGGUAAACA